AUGGGUGGUAGUGCUAUUGGUUUCGGCACAGAUAUUGGUGGCAGUAUUCGCAUACCAGCUAUGUGCAAUAGACUUUACGGAUUCAAGCCUUCCGCUGGCAGGGUUCCCUUUGGUGGACAAAGAAUAACAGGGCUGGACGGCAUGUCCAGAGCAGGUGUUCAGGCUGUCGCUGGUCCUCUCGCAAGACGUAUGGAGGACAUUGAGGUAGUAACGAAAGAGCUAGCGCCCAAAGCGAGUCUCUACGGAGAAGACUGCUUGCCUUGGAAUGCUGCGCAGAAGUGGGUGGGAGCAUCAUUAGCAUCAGACCCUAAUGCUGCAAGACAUAAACACCCAGGAAGUGGUCCGAAUGGUGAGUUUGUGAUCGGCAUCCUGAGAAGUGAUGGAAAUUGUCAACUACUGCCACCCAUACGUAACUUAAUGGAUGAGCUAUCCACAUUACUCAAGGCCAACGGAAAGAAUCUGAACAUCAAAGUCGUGGACCUCCCAACACCAAAAGCAUGGACACGAUCUCAGAGCGUAAUGAGCAAACUCAUGGGUAUCGAUGGUGGUGCUGAAAUGAGCAAAAUGCUACUCGCAACAGACGAGCCCCUAGUACCAUGGAUGUCAACCCGCUUCAAACACGGCGGCAAAUCUCAACCUCUAGAAAGAGUGGCGGAAAUCCAGGCUCAACGCUCACAGCUCGAACGGGAAAUGAUCCGAGAUGUCUGGAAAGUAACGACAGAUGACAAGGGCCAUAAGAGACGGACGGUAGACGCUAUACUUUGUCCUCUCGCCUCACAUCCUGUACCUGAAAUCGAGCGGUAUAAUGCUGUAGGCUACACCAGUUCAUGGGUCUUGUUCGAUUAUCCCGCUGGUUCUGUACCAGUGCGCCCGGUCAAAGAGGAAGAUCUUGAGCUUGGGAAGCCGUUGGACGAGAAACUCAAGAUGCUGGGGAGCUGGGAUGAGAAGAGCAGGGAGUUGUGGGAUGAAAGUAUGACGGACAGACGAGUUUAUCUUGGGAGUGUUUUGAGUGUGCAGUGUGUUACUGCUAGGCUGGAGGAUGAGAAAUUGGCUUAUGUGAUGAGUUUGGUUGAUCGUGUUGUAAGAGAUGGAAUACAGCAGGGCAGGGAGGCGAAACUGUAA